AUCUUGCACCGAAUACAAUCAUUAGUUAGUGUACAGUUUAUUGUGCAGCACUGUUUACUGUAUUGGUGCAUUAUGGUCCAAGAGAAUGAUAUGGAAUCGAGAUUGGGCCCAUUAGAUGUUGUUUUGUACGCAGCAAUUUUAUGCGUGCAUUAUCCCCUGAGAAUUUUUUUGGCAUCCUACCGACUAAUAAAGGCGACAAUAGUGAAGGCGGCUGCUAUACCAAGGCAAAUUUUAGGGUAUGUCACAGUUUCGCUGACCAUCGUUCUAGAAUCUUCGGAGAAGAAGAUCAUCGACAUCCUAAACCUUUUGGCCUCACUUCCGUCGUACCUGCUGGGAAAAUUAAGCUUCAGCAGAAAAAGCGCCGAGCUCAAUUCGCAAACGGAGACGAAACAAGAAAGUGACUUAACCAGCUACACUGAAAUUGUCUUGUCGGCGGUGAAGAGGACAUCUGACGCCAUCUACGGGUUCUUGGUAGCAUGUGCGAAUUUUUGGCGCCAUAUCAUCCUACUCCCCCUAAAACUCAGCUUGAUUCCCUUAAAAGCUGUGAAAAACUUAACUGAAACCCUUUUGAACAUACCGUCGGAGCCAAAAACAGAAAUGGACCGGCCUCAUCAACAGUCGGUAAUGUCUCAUUGCGUGGACUACCUUUUCAUAGUUUUGGCAAACUUCCAAUUUUAUUUAAUUUAUGCAAUUGCCAUAAUUGAGAAGCUGAUGACGCAACUGUCCUCAUUGUUCAUCUCCACACCUAGACACCUUUUCCACGCCCUCCAGCUGCUCUACCUCAGGUGCCUGCAGUUGUUGGCGGUCUCCGUUGUUUUUGUUUAUAACACGGUGAGGUAUACCUUCUUUUACAUCGUGCUCUUGGUGAAUAGAGCGGUGAAGAAACCUCCGCGAGGCACGCUGGAAAAUGGCACUGACCGCGAAACGCUAAUUGAGGAAAAUUCGAAAUUGAGAGAGGAACUGAUCCGCGCCAAAACGAACAAUGACAAUCAGAAGUGCGAGCAGCAGAUCAAGGACCUUGAAGGCCAGCUGAAUGAAGUCCAGGUGGCUUUCGGUAAAGAACGCGAGGAGUACCAGAGGGAGAUCGAGAAGCUGAAACAGUCCACUCACCCCACCGAGUUCAAUACCGAACGGACGAAACUGCAGGGCGAGAUACAGAGACUGCAAGCGCUCAUCGCCGAGGUUCGCAGGGAGAGUGAAGAGGAGGGCCGCCUCAAAAAGAAGGAGGCGGUCGAUUUGGAUAACGAACGUAACCAGCUCCAAGAGCGCAUCCAAAACCUUCAGCAGCAAGUCGUCUCGUUGCAGAAACAAAACGAAGCCAUGGCCUCGUCGUACUCCGAGUCGCGAAAGCAAAUGCAAGCGGAAUUUGACAAGGAGCGUAAAGAUCUUCUGCGCGAGAUCGAAAUUCUACAACGAAAUCUGGAAGAAAUGAAAGAGGCGCAAAGUGAAGCACAGUAUAGGUACGUCCUGCUCUUGGGCGAGAAUCAAACGAUUCAGGAACACAUGAGGGCACUUCAGGACUCUUUGGAAAAGCUGAAAAUGUCCAACGCGAAGCAGGAGCAACCAGAGCCGACGACAACGGCCAGCUUCUCCGUCACAAACAAAACCUCGGCCAAUUUUUCCUACGAAACCACGUCGCCCAGUGACAAUGGAGGGGCAUACUUCCAAAAUACAAUUGACGAGGUCAUAAACCACUUGGACCAAUUGCACCAUUCAAACCAUGAGCGAUCUAUGCUGCAUGCGGAGGUGGAGAAGCUGCAGGCGUUAGUUGAAGAUAUGCAGAAGCAGAAUGAGGAACGGGACAAUAUCGACAAUGAGCGCAAACGGCUCCAGACUGUGCAGGAGCAAGUCGCGGAGUUGCAAAAUCAAAACAUGGUAAUGGCGCUGUCGUACACCGAAGCUAGAAAAUUGAUGGAGGUGAAAUUUGAGGGAGAACGGGAAGAGCUUCUCUACCAGGUGCAGCGUCUAUUGAGCAAGGUCGAGGGAAAGGAGGACAACCCAAAGCAAGGCAACCUUUCUUUUCUAGAGUUUCAUCUCCACGACAACAACGACGCAAAUACUUGCAUAAACAGACUCGAUGACCUUUGCCAUGUUUGCAGGAAUAUCGAAAGGGAAUUAGUGAGGUUUACUGAAACCUGUCAAAAUCUCUCAAACCUUCAUUACCAGCAAAAUGCAAUCGGCGAAGUAGAAAAGGUGCUGAAUGGGUUUGCUGAUCGACUACUGGCAGAAGUACCUGCCGAAAAGCCGAAAGAGGACGACGAGCUGCGCAAGCAGAUGCACACCUUACAAACGCAACUGAACGAAGUGCUACAGAAAGGAAAGCAAAACUUCGAAGCGCUCGAAGAGCGCAACAGGGUCAUCGAUGUCAACAUGAUCGUAGUCAAGAGUCAGAUAGACAGAAUUCACGACUCCCUCUACGGGUUGAAAGCGCACCUCGAGAUGCGCGACGAAAAGUUGGACAGACUAAGAGCUUGCCACACGCGCGCAGUUCGAGUGCUCAAGGAUGAGAGGUCAAAGGUUACAACUUUGCUUUCCCAAAUCGACUCGAUGGAGAAAUCAAUUGAAGACGCCGAAGACGACAAGUUAGUCCUACAAACGACUCGGAGCGAAAACGAAAUGAAGAUCAACGGCUUAGAGCGGGAAAAUUCUGAGCUGAAACAGAAUUUACGCAACCUCCAAGCGCAGAUAGAAGAAAUCGAGCGCGAACGGAAACACGAAGAGAAACUGCACAAUGCUGUCAUAACCGAAUUAGAGCGAGGUUUGGAGCACGUGCAAAAAACGAGUGAAAUGCAGUUGAUAACUGUGGACAGGGAGAAUUCUGCGCUGCAGCAGAAGCUACUCCAACUGCAGGCGCGAACUGAUGAGAUAGAAAGAGAACGAAAGCACGACGAAAAACUACACAAGGCCGUGGUAACCGAAUUGGAGCGCGAAAUGGAACGACUUCGGUCGGAAAACGAAACGAACGUGAAAACCUUGGAACGGGAGAACCUCGAGCUCAAGCACGACGUGAAGCUCCACCUCGCCACCAUAACCGAAUUGGAGCGCGAAAUGGAACACCUCCAAACCGAAAACUAUCACAAAACGCAAAAGCUGAGCGAAAAAAUCAAAGAGCUCCAAACCGAUAAGCUCCACGAGCGCGACGAAAUGAUUAACAGACUCCGAAUGCACCACGAGCGCGCCAUCAAGGAGUUCCACGAAGAAAAACUCGAACUGACCAAUUUGCGUGCCCAAGUCGAAGCGAUGGAGAAAUCAAUGGAAAGCGCCCACGAGGAGAAGCUAAACUACCAAGCCGCCUUGACCGAAAGUAACUUGAAGGUCGGCCGUUUGGCGCACGACAACUGCGAGCUGAAGCAAACGCUGAACGAGCUCCGAAUGCAGAUGGAGGACGCGGAGAGGCACUACGAGGAGAUGCAGAAGCACGACGAGAAAUUGCACGACGCGGUCGUCGUGGAACUGCAUCGUGAAAUUGAAGAUAUCGAAACGGAUAGGGACCAGAAGGUGCAAAAGUUGGCCGAAAAGAUUCAGGAAUUGCAGACCGAAAGAAUAAUCCUGUUGGAUCAAAACAUGGAUCUUCAGGGCGUGGUGGAGUUCUUAAAUAAAGAAGUCGAAAAAUGGAAGAAGGCUAAGAAGCCGUUUUUUUCUAGUAAGUAAGCGGAUGUUGUGUUGUCCAAAAAAUGUGUUUGUUAUGUAGGUUAAAAAAAUAAAUGUAUGUUUUAAAGGAA